AACGAAGGUCGUUGGUGAAAAAACUGCUGUAUGAUGAUGAGUACGACACUUUCAGUUGACCAACCGGUCAUUUAUCACGGUAGAAAUCAACUCACCGAUCAGCUGUAACCCGGAGGAUAACACUCCUUCAUUUCAUCUAAAGAUUCACAACGGAUGGGACCGAGACUGAAAGGCUCUUCGUUAUCAAACGGUUAUUCCUCGUGUAAGAGGGCACAUUAGUUAAAGAUAGAAGAAUCUAGAAUCAGCAAGCUGUCUGACCGACCCAGCUCUGGAUCUCCGGAUCACUGUGAACCCGUCGACAUGAGGAGUUUGCCGUAUUUCUGUCGGGGACAGGUCGUCCGCGGAUUCGGACGGGGAAGCAAAGAGCUGGGCAUCCCAACAGCAAACUUCCCAGAGUCGGUUGUGGACAACCUCCCCACUGACAUCAGCACUGGAAUCUACUACGGAUGGGCACGUGUGGAUAACGGAGACAUUCACAAGAUGGUGAUGAGCAUCGGCUGGAACCCUUACUACAAAAACACGAAGAAGUCCAUGGAAACACAUGUGAUCCACAAGUUUAAGGAAGAUUUCUAUGGUCAAACAUUGAGUGUUGCCAUGGUCGGCUACAUUCGUCCUGAGAGAGGAUUCAAAUCACUUGAUGAGUUGAUAGCAGCGAUUCAUAGUGACAUUGAGGAAGCCAAGAUGAAGCUGGACCUGCCUGAGCACUUGAAACUGAAAGAGCAUCAUUUCUUCAAGACGGCGGUAUUGACAACACCCAAUCAGAUCUUGAACGGUCAUCGACUGUAACAUUCACUUUCACCAUCGCCUCUAUUUAAAAGCCUGUUUAUUAGAUAUGCAGUUUAUUGUUUUUUUUAAUGUACAAAAUAUUUCUGUCCUUUUGUUGUGCUUUGCUAAAGUGCAGGCACUAUGUGCAUUUAUGUUCAUAUGGUAUCAUCACAUAGCUCUUUUGCUUCUGUAUUUAUCGCAAAAAGGAGGAAUCAGGUUGCUUACUGGUGAAUGAUCACUGCACAGGUUAAACUUCCCAGAGCUCUUCCCAGACCUCCACGAUUACCACAGAUGAUAGAUACUAUGUGGAAGUCAGGGAGUCUCAAAAUCUCUUCUUCCUGGUGAAAUUCCUCUUUAAAUGGAUACUUCUUCCGCCACAUUCACUUUAAUUUAUUUUUUUGUUUGGGGAGGACUCUCUUUACUUGAAUAAAACAUUUUAACAAUUGUCAAA